CACGUGAUGUGGAGCCGAGUGAAGAGUGACAACUCGGCGAAAGCUUCGCGGUGUGUCCGGUCGUACUUGUAUCCUUCAACACACCAAAAUAACCGACGGUUACAAGAAUAUUCCUGCUUCCACUUCAUCAAAUCCAAACCAUAAUCUGAUAAUCAUAAUCACAAUCAUGAGAGAGAAAUACCACAACAACAUCUCCAUUUUCUCUCUAACCAUCGUUGCCUAAAAUAAUUCAUCCUCCUUUUUAUAUUCUUUAUUUAUUUAUUUUGUUCCAUCGGAGCUGCAUUUUCCUUUUCCUUUUUUUUUUUUUGUGUUUUUUGAAUCCGAUCGAUAUGAACGCAGCUUCUUCUUGGUUUGUUGAAAUUUUGGCAUUAAAUGGUCGGAAUUCGGCGUUGGGAUUAGCUUAGGGUUUCAAAAAAAUAAUUCUCUUUUUUUUUUUUCUAAUUUUGUUUUUUUUAAUGGAACCUCGUAUUGGGAAUAAGUUUCGGCUUGGCCGUAAGAUCGGUAGCGGAUCGUUUGGAGAGAUCUAUUUAGGUACUAAUAAUCAAACCAAUGAAGAGGUUGCAAUUAAGCUUGAAAAUGUCAAGACAAAACAUCCUCAGUUGCUAUAUGAGUCCAAGUUGUACAGAGUUCUCCAGGGAGGAACUGGAAUUCCAGAUGUUAGAUGGUUUGGAGUGGAGGGGGAUUACAAUGUUCUAGUAAUGGAUCUACUUGGACCUAGUCUUGAAGAUCUAUUUAACUUCUGCAGUAGAAAGCUCUCACUAAAGACAGUUCUCAUGCUUGCUGAUCAAAUGAUCAACCGUGUUGAGUUUGUUCAUUCUAAAUCGUUUUUACAUCGGGAUAUCAAACCAGAUAAUUUUCUCAUGGGCUUGCGAAGGCGGGCAAACCAGGUUUACUGUAUUGAUUUUGGUCUGGCGAAGAAAUAUAGAGAUAGUUCAACCCAUCAACACAUUCCUUACAGGGAAAAUAAGAAUUUAACUGGGACUGCUAGAUAUGCGAGUAUGAAUACCCACCUUGGCAUUGAGCAAAGUCGGAGAGAUGAUUUGGAGUCUCUUGGUUAUGUCUUGAUGUAUUUCUUGAGAGGAAGUCUCCCUUGGCAAGGACUUAAAGCUGGAACAAAGAAACAAAAGUAUGAGAGAAUUAGUGAAAAAAAGGUUUCUACCUCAAUUGAGGCCUUGUGUCGAGGUUAUCCAACAGAAUUUGCAUCAUACUUCCAUUACUGCCGCUCAUUAAGGUUUGAUGAUAGGCCAGAUUAUGCUUACCUCAAAAGAAUAUUUCGUGACCUGUUUAUUCGUGAAGGAUUCCAGUUUGAUUAUGUGUUUGAUUGGACAAUCUUGAAGUAUCAGCAAUCACAGCUAGCUGCUCCUCCAGCACGUGCCAUUGGUCCUAAUGUUGGAACUAGUUCAGCAUUGCCACCAGCUGUGACUAAUGCUGAUAGACAGACAGGAGAGGAAGAAGGGCGACCUCCUGGUCUGGUUUCAGGGGAUUCCACAAGGCGAAGAAUGACAGGGCCCAUCCCAAACUCUGUAAACAUUUCAAAGCAGAAAAAUCCAGUCACCACGGAUGCUGCCCUUAAUAAGGAAGCCAUGUUAUCGAGGCCCAAUGUCUUGGGCCAGUCAAGUGGAUCAAGACGAGCUGCUGUUUCUAGUAGUCGUGAUGCAUUUGUUGGUUCUGAUUUGGAUCUUCGUACUCGUACUACUGAAACUAACCCUGGAACAGCGCCCAAAACAUCAUCUGUAAGAAAUGCUUCUCAUGUCAAGAGCUAUGAAACUGCAGUCAAGGGCAUUUGAGGGUUUGCAAUUAGAAAAUGAUGAGAAGGCACAUUAUUAAUUCCUCACCUUUUCAUGUUGUAAAUACAAAUUUUAGAUGCCGGACACUACAAUAGUUGCAUGUGUUACUAAGGUGAGUUGUGAAGGGAUGUUGAUAUGAACUCAGAAAUCUGGGCUUGUGUUGUUUAACCCUCGUGUUCAUACUGAUCAAGCGGGUAAGCUGAAAGAACCUGAGCUAAAUCAGGGUUUGUUGAUUUGUUCUUGCUUUAUAGCUCAGGUUUACACUGGCUCUUGUCUUCUGGCGGGAACCCUAAAUUUUGUAACCUUUUCCUGUGAGUUAUUAUUGAUUUUCCAGAUGUUUAAAGUGUCAUGUCGACCACAUUGUUCAAAACUAUCAAACACCAGCAAAAAUCUAUAAAAAUUUGGAUAAGACUAAAGUUUCCAAGA